AUGGCAGUUAGAGCAACCGGUCGACUGAGAGGAACAUCUCGAGAAAAAGUUAGCGCUCAAGCUGAGGUUAAUGCUGACACAUUAGCGGAUUUCGUAAGGACGCACUCCUAUCGUGGGCAGUCUCAUAGUCGUCGUGUUAAUCCAAUGUGGCGAGAAACCUCAAUAAUUCACAUUCUAUUAUUUAUCGCCUUACUGGAUAAAUGUCCUUAUAUCAAGAAAGUCUUUAAGAUGUAUGCCGAACACGACAUGCUAAUGAAGACAGAGAAACAUAUUACACGAUACAACCAGUUUUCUACUAAAAAUCGUUGCCCGUCUGUGGUGUGCUAUGAUGAGAAUGCCGUGGAAUUGAAACCAAACAGCAAAAAAGAAGAGAAACUCGAUCGUGAGAACACCUACAUCAACGCCAACAUAGUGAAUUCCCCACAGGGGAAUUUCAUCCUAGCACAAGCACCUAUGGCCGACACCCUUAUCGAAUGGUAUCGAAUGAUUUGGCAGUUGAAGAUUUCUAUCGUUGUCUGUCUGGUUGAUCCACAAGAAAUUCCACCCUCUGAACGUUAUUUUGCACUUAAAGAAGGAAACAAGAUUAAGAUUAAAAAUCGUUUCAAAAUACGUACGACAAGUGUAAGAGAGCAUGACGGCAUCAUAGUGAAUUACGAACUACGAGUGACCAAUAGACGAGCAUCGUCGGACAAGAGUCGGACUGUGUACGUGAUUGUCAGGCCAACGAAGGCUACAUCAACUUUUGAGGAGAACAGAGAAACGCCUCCGAUUCUUGUGCAUAGUUGUAACGGCGUCAGUCGAACUGCAGCGUUCGUCGCUACCGCUAUGCUCUGCAAAUCGCUAGAAACACAAGGUGAAAUGUCUCCGGUGGAGGUGUGGUCUAGACUGAACCAAGUACGUCAUAACGCUGCUCGAAAGCGUUUUCACUUCAUUUCGUCCAUUGAGUGUGCGCUUCUCUAUGCUUUCGAUAUCGGGCUGUUGACAGCAAAUAUCAAGCAACUCAAAGAUGUUAAUAAGGUUAUACAGUCCGGCUAUGAAGAGUGUGGAAAAUCCUAUGUGAUGGCAGGAAUCAAAGAAUGA